GCAUCCGAGUGCUGGACGGGCCCCUCACUGACAGCAUGGAGGCCAUCGCCUUCAACAAGCACUAUCAGAUCAACGACAUCUACAGCUGCAGCUGGGGUCCAGAUGACGAUGGGAAAACCGUGGAUGGCCCCCAUCAACUGGGAAAGGCCGCCCUGCAGCACGGCGUGAUAGCGGGUCGCAGGGGCUUCGGCAGCAUUUUCGUCGUGGCCAGUGGCAACGGCGGGCAACACAGCGACAACUGCAACUAUGAUGGUUACGCCAACUCCAUCUACACUGUCACGAUAGGUGCGGUGGACGAGACGGGCUCCAUGCCGUUCCAUGCCGAGGAAUGGGCCUCCAUGCUAGCGGAAUGUGCCUCCAUGCUAGCGGUGACCUUCAGCGGCGGGGACAAGAUGAUGAGGAGCAUUGUGCCAACAGACUGGGAUUUGCAGAAGGGCACGGGCUGCACCGGGAGCACGUGCGUGCGUGCGUACGAGGAUCGUCACGCAAAGUGGGACGUCAACCAGGCCGGCUUCAGCCACAGCCAUCAGCAUGGCUUUGGCUUGCUGAACGCCUGGAGGCUGGUGAACGCUGCCAAGAUCUGGGAAUCCGUCCCGUACCUCGCCUCAUACGUGAGCCCUGCACUGAAGGAGGGCAGGAGCAUCCCGUUACUCCCGCAGGAGCUGGAGGUCGCCUGGAACG